UACAGAGAAUAAUGUUUAUACCACAGUUAGAAUCCAAAAAUUAUUGGUAAUAAGCAGGAAUUAUAAUAAGCAGGACAAGUAAUGUAAUAAACAAUUUUAUUUGCCCUUAAUUAUUUUUCUCCUCACCGGUAGGUGGCAGUAAUGCUCAAUUCUAUUCCACCAUAACCCCUAAGGAAGCAUAUGAGCAUGCGCAGACGUGACACCGGAAACGGAAAUAGCCGCAGACGGACCCUUUACGCUGCGGGACAGCUGAACGUAGGACUGUUCAGAGGAUAAACAGACGGGUUUUGGGUUCGGUUCUGGUCGGUUUUUGAUUCUAAAAGCAGCAGCCGUGAUGCCGCGCGGCCAAUAAAGGCUCAGCAUGGAGGCUCGGUUCGGCAGAGAGGUAGCGUCGAUCGUGGAAGUCGGCAUCCAGGCUACCGUAUCUGUUUUCAGGGACGUCUGCGCCAAAGAGGGUCUGAGUCCGGACUGGGAGGAGGCCAGGUCCGGCGAGAUCCGGGAGAUUGAGAAAUGUUUGGUGGUUCAGAUCCACAAAGUCUUCACCGAGUUCUGCUCGGAGCUGUUCGAGGAGAACGAAGUCCUGCGGGCCAAAGUGGAGCAGCUGGAGGAUGUUCUGCAGAGGAAAGCUGGGCAGCUGGAGCAGGAGCUGGAGGCCCGAGUGGGUCAGCUGGGCCGGGACAUGGAGCAGCUGGAGAAGGAGCUGAAGACCAUGAGUGAGAGCGGAACCAAGGCUGAAGAGGAGCCGAACCUGACAGGAGGACCGCUGCAGCCCGCCCCCCAUCUCCUGACGUCCCCGCAGGAGUCCACCUCAGACCAGUUUCCAGAGUCGUCAGGAAGUGCAGACUCCGUCCCUUGCUCCCCCCCUCUGCCUGAACCUGCAGAAGCAGUGCUGGUGGACAGCCCCCCCUCUGUUCUUACACAGCCAUCAGUGGACGCUUUGCCCCCCCAGCCUCCUACAUCGACAGAAGCGUCUGCGAUCAUCCUCAAACCUCCAUCACCGCGCUCUGAGCCAGCAGACCCUCCCGACUGUGACCUCGGCGCUCCAGACUCGGUGCAGGAAAAGGAGCCUGUGGAGCAUAAAGUACCUGGAAAGGUGGGAAGGCCGAGGAAGCAGACGCAUCAAACCAGUGAAGCUGCCUCCGCCUGCAGCACAGAGGAGAAUCAAAGCCGUGCAGCUGAAAUUCAGGGGCGGAGUCUAAGAAGACUACAGUCGCAGGCAGGAAAGCGGUUCUUCUGUGAACACUGCGACUCCGGUUUUCACUGGAAAAGUGAUUUAAAGAAGCACGUGGAUCUCCACAAGAAGAAGUUCUCCUGCGAGCAGUGUGACAAGAGCUUCCUAGAUGAGGCGUCCCUGGAGAACCAUCUUUCCAGCCACAGCUCUACGCAGAGCCUGCUUCCGUUCCGGUGUCCUCACUGCAAGAGGUCGUACCGGAGAGAGGAGUCGCUGCUGAACCACCUGAAGCGCCACCAGCAGGCGAGGCCUCCCAAGCCGUUCGGGUGCGAUCAGUGCAAGAAGACCUUCAGGGUCAAGCAGUCUUUGGAGAACCACCUUCUGCGCCACGAGAAGUGGAAGCAGUUGGUCAAAUGCCAGCUCUGCGACAAGACCUGCAGGACCUCGGUGCAGCUGAAGAGCCACAUGGCGGUGCACUCGGAGGACCGCCCCUUCAGCUGCGCCACGUGCGGCAAGGAGUUCAAGAGCAAAGACACCCUUCGCUUCCACCAGAUGGUUCACACCAACGCCAAGAAGUACAAGUGCCCCAUGUGCGAGGAGUCCUUCAAGUACGCCCACUCCCUGACGGUGCACAAGCGGAAGCACACGGGCGACUCGCCCUUCACCUGCGACCAGUGCAAUAGGUCGUACCGGACCGGCACGGCUCUGAAACGCCACAAGAUGAUCCACACGGGGGAGAAGCCGUUCACCUGCCACGUGUGCGGGGCCAGGUUCAGCCUCAACAACAACCUCAAACGGCAUCUUCGCAUUCACACGGGGGAGAAGCCCUUCACCUGCCAGGAGUGCGGCAAGAGCUUCUCGGACAACAACAAGCUCAAGAGCCACAUGCUCAUCCACGGCGCUCGGAAACCCUUCAUGUGCGACCUCUGCGGGAAGACCUUCCUCUUCAACUGCCGGCUGCUGAUGCACCAGAGGUACGUCCACGCCAACAAGAGCCAGGACGCCUUCUUCCAGAGCCGACCCAAAAAGCUGGUCGUCAUCGUCAAACCGUUCAGCUGCAAAAUAUGUCUGAAGGGUUUCAGCGCCGCGUCCUCGCUCAAACUCCACGAGCGAGGCCACAGCGAGCAGAAGGAGUUCAACUGCAGCCUGUGCGGGAAGGCCUUCCACAACAAAUACUCCUUCAGCUACCACCAGCGCAGUCACUCGGGCGAGAAGCCCUUCGUCUGCGACAAGUGCGGGAAGCGCUUUUUCCAGGCCGCCAGCCUGAAGCAGCACGAGCGCAUCCACACCGGAGAGAAGCCCUACAAGUGCGACCAGUGCGGCAAGGCCUUCAGAACCGACGGAAACUUCUACAGGCACAUGCGGAUCCACACCGGCGAGAAGCCGUUUGAGUGCGGGUACUGCCAGAAGAAGUUCCACCAGUCCAACCAGCUGAAGUCCCACCUGCAGGUCCACACGGGUCAGAAGCUCUACACCUGCCAGCAGUGUGGACACGGGUUCUCCGACUCACGGCAGCUGAAGAAGCACGCCUGUGAGAAUUCGUAACCUUUGGAACUUGAAGUUACAGAUCUGAGUUUGUCAAGAGAACUUCUUUAUUCUAGAUACUCUGAGAAUUCCAGUACGCUGAUGGGUAAAACCAGAGGUAGUCUCUGCAAAUGUUUUUGGCAUUUAUCAUUUGGUGUGUGCCAGUAAUUUGUUACAAACUUUAAGAGAAAGUUGUUUUCUGUUUUUGUUCCACAUAAGCAGUUGGCAAUAGGUUUGGUUUGAAUAAAAAAACAUGAAGA